UUUAAGCCCUGUACUGUUCUGAGGAUGAACAGAUGAGAAUAAAAGACAAGCUGAUCCCACAACUGGCUCAGGAGGCAGGCAUGGCUAACGUAAAAGAGCAACUCUUGGAUAUCUUUCUAGAACUUCUUGAUGAAGAUCUUCGGACUUUUCAGUGGUAUCUUUACAGCAGCGACCUUGAAGGAUUCACGCAUAUACCAAAGUGUAAAGCUGACGGCUUGGACAGGCCGCGCACCGUGGAUCUUGUGGUGCAAACAUAUGGUUAUGAUGAUGCUGUUACCGUAACUGUGAUCAUACUGGAGAAAAUGAGACAAAAACUUCUAGCUGAUAGACUAAAAGAGUUGUGCAGCAACGGUAAAAGCAAUAAGAAAAGCGAAGAAAGUGACCUCGCAAUCCAAGAGACACUGAAAUGCACAUUGAAGGAACAGUGUCUAAAAGUUUACGAGGGCAAUGCAGGAGAAGGACAACGUAUUUACCUGAAAGAAAUCUACACAGAGCUGCACGUGAUAGCAGGAGCCUGUGGAGGCUUGAGUGACGAGCGCGAGUUCAGGCAGCAAAAGUCCAAGCAAAUGGCAGUGGAAGAAACAAUUAAAGUCCGAGAUCUUUUCAAGCCCGAUCAAGAAAGGCGGAUAAGGACUGUGCUUACUCAGGGUAUACCUGGAAUGGGUAAAACAGUCUGUGCACAGAAGUUCACUCUGAGCUGGGCAGAAGGAGAAGAACAUCAGGACAUCACCUUUCUCUUUCCACUCCCUUUCAGGGAGUUGAAUUCCUUCAUGGGUGGGGGAGACUCUUCAUUAAUGGGCCUACUCCAUUGGUUUUUCCCUCAGAUAAAACCCAUUGAGAAGCUAUCAGACUCGAAAGUCCUCUUCAUUUUCGAUGGCCUUGAUGAGAGUCUUCUCCCAUUGAAUUUCAAAUACAACAAGGUUUUGAGAGACGAGACGGAGCCGGCCCCGCUCGAUGUGCUGAUCACAAAUCUCAUCACAGGGGAUCUGCUCUGCAACGCAUUCGUCUGGAUCACAUGUAGGCCUGCGGCGGCGGGCAAAAUUCCUCGAAAGUACAUUGACCAGUGGACUGAAAUCAAGGGCUUCACUGAAGACCGAUGGCAGGAAUACUUCAAGAAGCGCGUGAGUGACGAUGCCCUCUCCCUUCGGAUCAUUGACCAUGUGAAGUCGUCGAAAAGCCUCUAUGUAAUGUGUCAAAUACCAAUUUUCUGCUGGAUCACCGUCACUUUGAUUAAGAGAAUGCUACAUGAUGACGUGACCGGAAGAUUGCCCAACACCCUGACUGAGAUGUACGUGUAUCUUCUUCUCUGCCAAACCGACCGGAUGGCUGAAAGGCACUACCCCAUGAGCGGCGGUAACGUUUGUUUGCAGCUCGCAGAACUAGCGUUCCGUCAGCUUGAACAGCGCAAACAGAUCUUCUACGAGGCUGACCUGAAAAAGUGCCACAUGGAUAUCAAUGAGGCAACCACAUAUUCGGGUGUUUGCACAGAGAUGUUUCACAUGGAGGCGGGAAGGGGACAAAAAGUUUUUAACUUUGUGCAUUUGAGUAUCCAGGAGUUUCUGGCAGCUGUGUUUGCCCAUUAUUCAUACAUGCAUAACAAGGAAAACGUUCUUCUGGGACGUCGGGAAAGACUUUCCUCAAAACUGUGGAGAAAAUCUGUUUUUGGCUUUCAUAAAUCUGCCAUUGAAAAGGCUUUGAAAAGUCCAGAUGGCCACUGGGAUCUCUUCCUUCGCUUCCUUCUGGGCCUUUCGUUGAAGUCAAACCAGGAACUUCUCUACGGUGUGCUGCAUUUGGAAGCAGAAGGAGAAGAAGAUGUGGCAAAAACCAUACAGUUUAUCAAAGAAAUGAUCAAUGAAGAACCCGAAUCAAAGCUCAACUUGUUCCACUGUCUGGGGGAGCUCAGAGACGAGUCUCUGGUGCAGGAGAUUCAGAGCUUCGUAAGUUCUGGGAGGCUUGCAAGCACACAGUUAUCUUCGGCUCAAUGGUCCGCUCUCACUUUUGAGCUAAUGACAUCAGAUACUCUGGAGGAAACGUUUGACCUAAAGAAGUACUCAAGAUCAGAAGAAGGGCUAGAAAAGCUGCUGGUUGUUAUAACUUCCUCCACACAUGCCCUCCUGGAUUAUUGCAACCUCACUGAAAACUGCUGUCCAUUGCUGGCCUCUGCCUUGAGCUCAACGUCCUCUCAUCUGACAGAUUUAGAUUUGAGUAACAACAAACUGAAGGAUUCGGGAGUGCGGCUGCUUUCUGAUGGUCUACUGAGUCCACAAUGCAAGCUGAAGAGCUUAAGAUUGCGUGAAUGUAGAGUGGAGGGUGGCUGCUGUGAGGCCUUGGCUGCUGCUCUUAACACAGAGUCAACCCAACUGAGAGUGCUGGACCUGAGCGCUAAUGACCUCCAGCACAGUGGAGUGACGGCCCUGAGUUUGGGACUGAGCAGCCGUCACUGCAAAGUUGAAACAUUGAGUUUAAGUCAGUGCAAACUGGGAGCGGGCUGCUGUGGAGGUUUGGCUUCAAUCUUCAACUCGGGCUCUCCUCGGCUGAAAUCUCUUGAUUUGAGUAACAACAACCUGAAGGAUGCCGGGGUGUCCCUGCUUGCUGCUGGACUAACAAGUCCAAGUUGUAAACUAGAAAUUCUGAGGCUCAGCUGCUGUGGCCUAACACAGAAAUCCUGUAGCUACCUUAGUUCGGCUCUCAGCACAGACUCCGGCAAAGUCAAGCAUCUGGACCUGAGUGGGAACAUCCUUCAAGGUCCAGGUUUUGGUACUCUCUGCUCCGGCCUCAAAAGUCAGCGCUGUCGACUGGAAACUUUAAUAUUAAAAGAGUGCAGCCUUCAGAAAUGCUGUGCUGACAUUGCCUUAGUGUUGAGCACUAACAGCUCCCGCAUGAAGGAGCUUGACCUGAGUGAGAACGACCUGGAGGACCUGGAAGUGGAGUUGCUCUCUAACGGAAUAGCAAACCCAAACUGUGUCUUGGAAACCUUGAGCCUGUCGUUUUGUGGAGUCACUGUGAAAGGCUGCGCUCAUCUGGCUUCAGCCCUGAGCUGCAACCCGUCCCACCUGAGGCAGCUGGACCUCAGCUACAAUUAUCUCCAGGACUCCGGAGUGGAUCUGAUCUCGGUUCAGCGGGACGAUCCACUUUGUAAGCUAGAACAUCUAAGCGUGGAUCAUAAUGAGGAAUGUUACCUGAAAUCAACACUAAAAAACUACUCCUGCAUCCUGACCUUUGACACAAACACAGCCUCUACGUCUCUCUUUCUACACGACGGAGGUAAACAGGUGACGUGGGUCAGGGAGUCACAGCCGUACCCAAAACACCCCGAGAGGUUUGAAAGUGUCUCCCAGGUCCUGUGUCACCAAGGCCUUACCCAGCGCCACUACUGGGAGGUGGAGUGGCGAGGGCGCUGGGUGGACGUCGCCGUCGCCACGAGGGGAAUCAAUCGCAGAGGGGGCAGUCACGUGUCUGCGUUCGGCAAAACCGACCAGUCCUGGUGUCUGCUCUGCUGCGGAGAUCACUACAGCGCCCAGCAUGGCAACGAGGGCGAGGAAAUAUCCGUACCCGCGUCUCGCUCUCGCAAGGUUGCGGUCUAUCUGGACUGGCCUGGUGGCACUCUGUCCUUCUACCAGGUGUCUUCUGGGAGCCUCAAACAUCUUCACACGUUCUACAGUAACUUCAGCGAGCCGCUCUACCCGGGGUUCGGGAUGGAAGAGGACGACUGCUCUGUCAUUCUUUGUUCCAAUUAGGAUACGUAGGAACGUGUUUGAGGUAACUGUAGGUGCAUUUCCACUGGCCUUAAAAUUGCACAAUUUGACAUUUCGAAAAUACAUUCGCUUAAUAAAAACCUGCCAGUUUAGAAAAAAACAACCUUCUUUUUCGAUAUAAAGGUUUCGCUGAUGAGGUGGGAGUUUUUUUGGCCAUAUUGAAAUUAGUGUACUUAGCAAAAUCGCAAUAGGAAACACUUUUUUGCGUCACACAAGUCACAUGAUCAACAAUAAGAGGCUGCUACUGCCAGAGAUGACGAAGAAGACGACAGGAGUGGUAGGUGAAGGAUGACAUAGUGGGAUUUUAAUUGCGUUUCUUUUUUUAAUGGAAGUGUCGCAAUUGCAAAAUUGUGUUGUUUCAACUUAAGUGGAAUAUCGACAAAGUUUUGCACACAUUUGUAAUAGAAACUCAGUUUAUGGCUGAAAGGUGUCAUUCAUUAAUAAAAUCCAGUUUUACUAUGAAUGCAACAUUUUUUUGUUCCUAUUCUAGUUUUGCUUUCUUAUGCCGCAAGCCGAAGACCUGAAAAGAAAACGGCAAAAACUAAAGGCUAAAAAUUAAACAAAAGGCCACGUCAAUAUUAUGUUGAGCCUCUCCAUGUUAUUUGAGGCAGGGUAUUUCCAAAAACAGUCACAUUACAACCAAACUUGGUCACGUCCAGAGCCUGCGACUGUCUGCUUUUUGCUCUGAUAUGGAUUGUUUUUUUUUUUUGUCUUAUCAGCUCAAGCAAGUCUACUGCACCCCUCAUACAAAAUGUAGCUCAGAGUGCUCUACAGGACAAAAAACACUAUGGAGAUACAGAAGAUGUCACGAAAACAAGAAAUGCACUUCAAGAAUAAAAGUGCAUUUUAUUCACAAGAAAUUUGUUGUUAGGAAAUUAUAGUAAUUAACUGAUGAAAUGAACACUGACUUUUAUGGAAAGCUGCAUAAACUUAUGACUGUAGCCUUUACAGUCAUAAUUUAAAAUGAAUGGCCUCUGUUCCGUAUUAAACCUGCAGUAUUUCGCCUUUCCAAAAAUAUGUUUUUGUAACAUGUUUGUUAAAAUUGUCACCAUGUCAUGAGACAAGUGUAAUGAGACCGAUAAACCUGAAAAAAAAAGUAGCUCCUCUGCCUCCUUCCUCUGUUACGUCAAAUACUUCACCCGGUCAGAAACAAUGAAAUCAGAGUCAGGAGGAGGGUUUUAGCGCUGUCAAGCGACCUUGUGUACGCGAUGCUAAAUGUGUUAGUGGCGGAGGAAAACUGUUUAUCCGCCGUCAUGGUGGAUAUACUAGCAAGCCUUUGCAUUCAUGGCAGUCUCUGUUGUGGUGAACCAGCAAUAGCGUAGAAGAGAGCUAGGUGGAGGGUGUGAGCGACCUGUACGUGAGGAUGAUUGACAUCACUAAGUCCGUCCUCCUGGCCCUGAUUGAUUGUGUCUGAUAGAACGUGUCUUUCUGCAGAUUGCUGUAUGACCACAGGGGGGAGGCAGAGGAGCAUGAUUUCUUUUUUUUUUAAACAGUUUAUCCGUUUCAUAUUGUAGA